GGAAAUGGGAGCUAUGGAAGCACCUAUUGCUGGAAAGGCAGGAGAUGAGGGAACAGGUAUUGCUGGAAAGGCAUGAGGUGAGGGAACAGGUAUUGCUAGAAAGGCAGAAGAUGGAAAGAGCAGAUAUUGCUUGGAAAUGGGAGCUAUGGAAGCACCCAUUGCUGGAAAGGCACGAGAUGAGGGAUUGCUGGAAACAGGAGAUGAGGGAAUAGAACAGGAACUGCUGGAAAGGCAGAAGAUGAGGGAACAGGUAUUGUUGGAAAGGCAGGAGAAAUGGGAGCACUCAUUGCUGGAAAGGCAGGAGGUGAGAGAACAGAAAGAUAUUGCUAGAAAGGCAGGAAAUGUGGAAGCACCUAUUGCUGGAAAGGCAGGAGGGGUGGAAACAGGUAUUGCUGGAAAGGCAGGAGAUGAGGGAAUAGAACAAGAAUUGCUGGAAAGGCAGAAGGUACAGAAAUACCCAUUACUGCAAGGGCAGGAGAUGAGGGAACAGAACAGGUAUUGCUAGAAAGGCAAGAGGUGUGUAAGCACCCGUUGAUGGAAAGGCAAGAGAUGAAGGAAUAGAACAGGUAUUGCGGGAAAGGCAGGAGAUGGAAGGAGCAGAUAUUGCUAGAAAGGCAAGAAAUGUGGAAGAACCUAUUGCUGGAAAGGCAGGAGAGGAGGGAACAGGUAUGGCUGGAAAGGAGAUAUGGAAACACCCAUUACUGCAAGGGCAGGAGGUGAAGGAACAGAGCAGGUAUUGCUGGAAGACAAGAAAUGUGGAAGCACCCAUUGCUGGAAAGGCAGGAGACAGCAAAGCACCUGCUGCUGGAAAGGCAAGAAAGGAGGAAACAGGUAUAGUGGGGAACAGGAGAUGGGGGAACAGAACAGGUAUUGCUGGGAACAGUAGAGGUAUUGCUGCAAACAGGAGAUGAGGGAACAGAAGAGGUAUUGCUGCAAACAGGAGUUGUGGAAGCACCUAUAGCUGGCAGGGCUGCACACCUGGUACAGCCUGCUGAGCUCUGGGAGUCACUUUUUAUAUUCAAGUGCAAAACGUUCAGGCUUUUGGAGCAAAACAAGGCAGAGCUGACUAAGGCAGAGGGGGCUGAGGGAGGCGGUGAGACACGACUGAGGGGAGGGAGAGGUGGGAGGGAGGGCCGUGGGAUCCACAUAAACAUUGGCACUUGUGUGGGGAGCAACAGGAGCUGUCCCUGCAGGGGCACACGGCCAAGAGCAGGGUGUUUGUGAGGCUGGGAGCAGAGAGGAGCUCUGGCUCCCGUGGGAGAUAUUGGCCCUGCAGCUCCCCCGUGAAUGCCCGCUGAGGAAUUCCCCUCCCUCUCCCCAGCACCGCUGCACUCUCAGCAUUCCCAGUGCCCACAGAUCCUCCCUGACUGCUCACAAGGGCACAGCUGGGCACCCACAGAGGGCUCAGGCUGCCAGGGCACAGAUCUGACCCUACAGGCACAGAGGUUCCUGGCACCUUCUGAAAUGUGAGAAACACUUCCCUUGGACACCCCCACUCCAGCCCAGACACACAGAGGGAGGAGGAGCAGGAACACAGCAGGAGCAGCUGGAGCAGUGCAAACCUCAGGUAUUCCCAGGAGGGGAGAGGCAGGAAGGAGUGGGAGGUUCAUGGCUGCUGCUCUCCCAGGGAAAACAUCCUCCUCCUCCUCUUCCUCAAGCAGGGGUCCAAGAGUCGGACAGGGCAGAGCUCCUUUCCUCCUGAUCCAGUUCUGCCUGUCUCCAACUUGGAACACUCAGCCUGCCCUUGCCUGCUGUGUCAGCUGAUGAUCUCUGCCCCAGCUCUCCUGAGCUGCUGUGCAGAACUCCUGGAGGAGCCAGGGCAGCUGCACAGGGGGUGGGGAGGCUCUGCUGUCCCUGGGUGACAACUAACUCCCUUUGCUUGGGUGAGAAGGAAAACAGAGGAGGAACCAGCCCCAGGCAGGUUGUGUGGGAUGGAGAAUUGGGUUGCAAAGCAUUUUUGGGGUAGGAAACUGCUACUGUGGCAAAAGGCACCAUUUUUCAAAGGCAUAGUCUACACUGAAGCAAGUGAAGAGCAGGGAGGUUUUAAAAGAACACAGUGACUUUGGGAGGUAGAGAAGAGGGAGAAGAUGCCUUUCAUGUUGAAAUCCCACUCUGGCUGCCUCUCUGCCUGCAUGGGCACUUUCUACAGCCAAAAUCCUGGCAGGAUGAGGGAGGGAGCAACAUCCUUCCUAUCCCCUUCCUCAGUAGCUCCAGUCCAGCCAGGUAAAUCAGGUGGGCAAUCCUUUGAAACUUCCAGAGUUCACCCUGGCAAUAUCUACCACAGAGAUUUCCCCAGCUAGGCAGAAAGAGAAGACUUCCCCAUGGGGCCUCACAACACUGAUCCUCCCAGCCUGCUUUCCCCAUUUGUCCCAAAUUCUCGUGGUUUCUCCUUUCCCUGUUUCAUCACUGGCUAUGGUACCCCUGGUGCCUGCCCUGUUUUCCCUGCAGGGCAGGACAAAGGGCACAGUGCCACCCCUGUGCCCUCAGCACUGCCUGCUGACCCAUACCUGAUUAUGCAGAGCACAUGGUCUCCUCUUUUGUCCCUGAUUUCCCUUCAGCCUGCUGGAACAAACCUUGCUGGAAUUUAUCCUACAAAAGGCGCUUCUUGCCUCAGUGAUCUGAGCUAGCCAUGGUUAGUGAGGUGAGUGGACUUGACUGCUUUGCCUGAAUUCCCACCCAGGCAGCUUUUCCACAGGAGAUGUGUUUUAGGUUGAAAGAUUUAGUUGUGUGUUCUGUUCCCAUCUGUCAGAGGUGGGGCAGUUAUCUUCUGUUAAUUGAGCAGUUUCUCUUCCACAACCAAUCCUCCCUCUGGGAAAUAUCCUCUGCUAAUGGUCCAUCAAUUAUUCAUUAUCUUCUCCCAAUGGGCCAUUGAGUCACACUGAUAAAAUUCCAUCAUCCCAUUGGGUGAUGGGGAGGAGCCAAGCAUUCCUACCUGAAUAUAAUCUGAGGAUUUGAACACCACAGCAGCCUUUACCCACUGCAUUCCCAGAAGGAGACUAGGCUCAUCUACAGCAUCCCUGGAGCUCCAGAGGAAAACUCCACCCUUGUCCAGAAUCCCUGCUCCAGCAGAACCACCGCUGUUUACAUUUUCCAUUUCAGAGGAGGAUCCUGCCUUCCUUAUCAGACACCUGGCUUUUCACACCAAGGCAAGACCCUUCUUGGGAACCAGGCAGCAGUUUCCACCAUCUGAACCCCAGGCUGCUCCAGAGUGGUGCCCAGUUUGGGGUGAGCAGUGCAGGGGCAGCUCUGGGGACCAGAAGCCGCGGCCAUGUCGGAACGGAAAGUGCUGAACAAAUAUUACCCCCCAGACUUCGAUCCUGCCAAGAUCCCCAAGCAGAGGCUCCCAAAGAACCGGCAGUACGUGGUGAGGCUCAUGGCCCCCUUCAACAUGAGGUGCAGGACGUGUGGGGAGUACAUCUACAAGGGCAAGAAGUUCAACGCCCGCAAGGAGACGGUGCAGAACGAGUCCUACCUGGGGCUGCCCAUCUUCCGCUUCUACAUCAAGUGCCCGCACUGCCUGGCUGAGAUCACCUUCAAGACAGACCCCCAGAACACGGAUUACGCCAUGGAGCACGGCGCCACCAGGAACUUCCAGGCACAGAAGCUCCUGGAGGAGGAGGAAAAGAGGAUGCAGAAGGAGAGGGAAGAGGAGGAGCUCAACAAUCCCAUGAAGGUCCUGGAGAACCGAACCAAGGACUCCAAGCUGGAGAUGGAGGUCCUGGAGAACCUGCAGGAGCUGAAGGAGCUCAACCAGUGCCAGGCCAACGUGGAUUUUGAAGCCAUGCUGAAGCAGCACAAGGAGGUGGAGGAGGCGCAGAAGCGCAAGGAGCAGGAGGAGGAUGAGCAGGAGAUGAAGGCCAUGUUGGAACAGUCCCAGAGCCGCCGGCUCCUGGUGGAUUCUGACUCUGAUGAUGAACCAACAAAACACUGUCCAAAUCCCACACCCAAAAAAAAACCCAGGGACAUCCUGCAGGAGGACACCCAGAGCAAGAGACUGAGGAUGGAGAGCUGGGAGUGCAGCUUUGGCAAGCUCAGCACCAGGGCCCAGCUGGCUGGGCUGGUGGCCCGCAGGAAGGAGAAGCCAGAUCCCGCCCUGGAUAAGGGGAUGGAAACCCGAGGCACCACGGCCACCACCAGCUCACUUCCAGCAGCAGCCACGUCCUCGCUAGGUUUGCUGGGAGGCUACUGGGACAGCGAGGACAGCGACUGAGGGGCCAGCAGAGUGGGGACAGAGAAGGGACAGGGCUGUCCCCGCUCCCUGCUGCUCCUGGAGCCCCACACGGUGCAGAUCCCACCUUUGCACAGACUGGGGGCUCCUCCAGUCCUUCACUGUGGGGACAGGGCUGUCCUGCCAUCACCAGCCCCCUAGAUGUUCCCAGGAGCUCAGGGACAAACCCCUCCCUGCUGUUCCGUGCUUGCUGGACUUCAGCAGCCACAACACUAGGACAAAUGGGAUCUGGCAAAAAAAAAAAAAAAA